AAAAGGGAAAAAAAAACCUCAGCCAGCCCAAUCGGCUGGAGAGGCUGGUGUGUGUUUGCCCUUUCCUCAUGACGUAGUGUCCUGUGCCUCUCUCCCCCCUUCUCCCUCUCCUUUUCCCCUCCCUCCUUACACACAUUCCCCCCUCCUCUUCCCCUCGCAUCCUUGGAAGCAACAAUUAAGCAGCUCUGGGAUAAAACACACAGCCUGCGGGAGCACGACGGCAUUGCUUCAAGAGAUGGCAAGGCAGGCAGCUGCACCCCUCCUUCCAGGAGUCCUCCUCCUCUUCUCCAUCCUCCCGGCUUCUCAGCAAGGAGGGGUCCCUGGUGCUAUCCCAGGAGGGGGAGUUCCCGGAGGAGGCUUUUUCCCAGGUGCUGGGAUUGGAGGUUUGGGAGCAGGACUCGGAGCUGCAGGAAAACCUCUCAAACCAGGGGUCGGAGGCCUUGGGGGACUUGGCCCACUCGGCCUACAACCAGGUGCUGCAGGUGUCUUCCCCGGAGGUGCCUUCCCUGGGGCAGCCUUCCCUGGUGCUGCCUCUGCAGCUGCACUCAAGGCAGCUGCGAAAGCUGGUGCUGGCAUUGGUGGCGUGCCUGGAGUUGGUGGUCCUGGUGGCCUCGGGGUCUCUACAGGUGCAGUGGUACCUGGUGUGGUGCAGCCUGGGGUUGGCGCAGCAGUGAAACCCCCAAAAGUACCAGGCGCUGGGAUUCCUGGAGCUUUCCCAGGUGGUGUGCUCCCUGGUGCAGGCGUCCGCUUCCCUGGCGUCGGGGUGCUGCCCGGAGUACCCACUGGUGCUGGAGUCAAGCCAAAAGUUCCAGGAGCAGGAGCCUUUGCAGGAAUCCCUGGACUAGGAGGUUUUGGAGGUCAACAGCCCGGUGUCCCCCUGGGGUAUCCCAUCAAAGCUCCUAAGCUCCCAGGUGGCUAUGGAUUGCCCUACAGUACUGGCUUCGGGCCAGGCGGGAUAGGAGCUGGCAUUGGAGCAGGAGGAAAGGCAGGGUACCCCACCGGGACAGGAGUUGGCACACAGGCAGCAGCAGCGAAAGCAGCAGCAAAAUACGGAGCUGGUGUCCUGCCAGGGGCUGGUGUUCUGCCAGGAGUUGGCGGAGUGGUACCGGGUGCUGGUAUUGUUCCAGGGGUUGGAGUUGGAGGUCCUGCAGCGGCGGCGGCAGCAGCGAAGGCAGCAGCAAAGGCAGGAGCUUUUGGUCCAGGGGUUGGUGGUGUCCCUGGCCUUGUGCCUGGCGUUGGUGGUGUCCCCGGCUUGGUGCCUGGUGUCGGAGGUGUCCCUGGGGUGGCAGGAGUCGGGGGGCCAGCAGCAGCAGCAGCAGCAGCAAAGGCAGCUAAGUACGGAGCUGGGGUCGGCGUUCCCGGCAUUGGUGGUGUUCCUGGCGCUCCUGGUGUCCCUGGCGUUCCUGGUGUCCCUGGCGUUCCUGGUGUCCCUGGUGUCCCUGGCGUCCCUGGCGUCCCUGGUGUGCCCGGUGUGCCCGGUGUGCCCGGUGUGGCUGGGGUUCCUGGUGUGGUGCCUGGUGUUGGAGUGGGUGGCCCAGAAGCUGCUGCGGCCGCAGCAAAGGCUGCAGCGAAAGCCGCAGCAUUUGGAGCAGGGCGUGUGCCUGGUGUUGGUGUCCCCGGUGUUGGUGUGCCCGGUGUCGGCGUGCCCGGUGUCGGCGUGCCUGGAGUUGGCGUCCCUGGAGUUGGUGUGCCCGGUCUGGUGCCUGGGGUGGGAGGCAUACCAGGAGUUGGAGCCCCAGCAGCUGCCGCUGCUGCCAAAGCAGCCGCCAAAGCAGCCAAGUAUGGAGCAGGUGGUCUGGCUCCUGGUGUGGGUGGACUUGCGCCUGGUGUAGGUGGACUGGCUCCUGGUGUAGGUGGCCUUGCUCCUGGAGUUGGUGGCCUGGUCCCUGGUGUUGGAGGUAUCCCAGGGGUCGGAGUUCCAGCUGCAGCAGCCAAAGCAGCAGCAAAGGCAGCCAAAUUCGGUGCCGGCGUUGGAGGGGUGCCUGGCGCAGUGCCUGGUGUUGCUGGGGUGCCAGGAGUGACGCCUGGUGUCGGUGGUGUGCCUGGGCUAGUGCCGGGUGUGGGGGUACCUGGUACUGGCAUCCUCCCCGGGGCAGGCAUCCCCCAAUUAGGGGUGCAGCCUGGUGCUAAACCUCCAAAAUUGGGUGUUCCCGGGGUUGGAGUCCCAGGGAUCAGCGGUGUCCCAGGUGGCCUUGGAGUCGGUGGCCUUGGAGCUGGUGGCCUCGGAGUUGGUGGGCUUGGUGCUGGGCUCUUGUAUCCAGGAGCUGCUGGGAAACCUCCCAAGCCAGGGUUCUCUCAUCCCACAGGUUUUGGUGUCGGGGGGCUGCAGCCAGGGGUUGGAGUUCCCGGCUUCGGUGUGUCACCAAUACUUCCAGGUGGGGUUGCUGGUCAGCUGGGAUUUGGUGGGAAGCCCCCCAAGACCUAUGGAGGAGCCCUCGGUGCCCUGGGCUUUAGAGGCGGCGUGGGCUGCGCACAAGGGAAGUACUGCGGGAGGAAGCGGAAGUAACCGCACGUCGUCACCCAUGACCUCAUGAACUUUGGUGCUACUGCAUGGUCCAGAAUGUAAAUCCCAAGCAAAGCUGAGACACCCCCACCACCCCCCACCCCCCAAAACCCCGGACCCAACGUUCCCAGGAGGGGCCCUGUGCCUCCGGCAGCGCUUGUCCCACCCCCAGCCCCUCCAUCCCGGUGGGGAGCGCGGAAUAAACUGCGGCGAGCAGCCGUCCCCCUUGGUGCUAUUGCUCCCUGCGGGAUUUGAGGGGCUCUUGGGGUGUCGCCACCCUACCAGCCUCAGCCCUGUCCCCGGAGGGGGGAGGUCAGGAUGAGGGGCACCUCACAUUGGAGGGAGGGAAGGAGGGAAGGGGGUCCCAGCAGCGGGGAGCUGCUCGGGGAGGGAUGUCCCUGACAGCCCUGGGCUCCCCCCGGUCCCCGCGCUCCGGGGGGGGGGCGCGGCCAGGAGGGGCUCUGUCCCUUCAUGUUACUCACUUUGCUAUAACCGGGUGGGACGCCCUAUGCAGAGGAACUCACUUCCGACAGACAAAUAAAAGACAAGUUUUUAAAUGA